AUGGCCGCAGACAAAAAACACACGGACGAAACAAUCAAAAGAGAAACAACAACAACAACACACUCUCUCUCCACUCCCUUCAUUAUCAUCUUCUUUCUUCUUCUUCUUCUUCUUCUUCUUCUUCUUCUUCUUCUUCUUCUUCUUCUUCUUCUGCUUCCUCUUCUUCUUCUUCUCCCCGCCGCCCCUCUCGCCAGACUGAAAGGGUAAGUCCACUCACGCUGGCAGCCUGGAAUGUUCGUUGGGCUUUAGACAAUCGGGGGAGCAACCGACCGGAACAUAGGACGCCGUUAGUGGCUCGAGAACUGGAGCGCUACAAUUUGGACAUCGCAGUACUCAGCGAGACCCGGUUCUCCGAACAAGGCCUACUGGAGGAGGUGGAUGUCGUCUACACCUUCUUCUGGAGGGGUCGCAACAAGGUAGACCGACGGGACGCGGGUAUCGCCUUUGCCAUCCAGAACGACAUGGUGGGACGACCGCCCCGUCUACCGCAGGGUAUAAACGAUCGCCCGAUGAGCCUCCGCCUUCCACUCCAGGAAGGCAAAUUUGCCACAAUCGUCCGCGUCUACGCUCCCCCACCCCGAUAAUCGAUCCUGACGAGGCGAGGAACAAAUUCUACAGGGACUCGCACGUUCUCCAGGGCUCUGGGUUGAAGGCGGAUAAGCUGACUGUCCUUGGUGACUUCAACAUCCGCACAGGCACAGACCAUGCUGCCUGCAGAGGAGUGCUGUGCUCCCAUGGUCUCAACGGCUCCAAUAACAAUGGCCUCCUCCUACGAACCUACGGUGAACACCGGCUCAUUCACACGAACACAUUCUUCCGCCUCCCGAUGCGAGAGAAGGCCACCCACAUGCACCCUCGGUCGCGACACUGGCACCUGCUGGACCAUGUCAUCGUCCGGAUGCGAGACUGGUGGGACGUGCUGGUGACAAAGGCGAUCCCGGAUGCCGACGGGUGGACCAACCGUCGUCUCGUCAUCUCCAAGAUGCGGAUUCGUCUACAGCUUCGCAGGAGACCUCAAAGUAAGCAACCCUCAGGUAAGCUGAAUAUUGCCUUGUUGUCGCUGCUUGCUCACCAUCUCCAUUUUAACGAUGAGCUAGCUCAACGACUAGACAACCUUCCAGUCGCUGCCGCCGCUGACGAGAACGCCUCCGUGGAGAACUGAUGGUGUCAACUGCGCGACACAGUCUAGUCGACAGCCCUGGUUGUCCUCGGUCACGUGCGAUGACAACAUCAGGACUGGUUCAGUGGUAGCGGCGCGGCCAGCAGCAACCUGCUCGCCGAGGAGAACUGCCUGUACAAAGCCUACGUCGACCGCCCCACCGCUGGCAACAGAGCUGCUUUCUACCGUAGUCGCCGUGUUGUGCAACAGCGGCUGCGCGAGAUGCAGGACGCCUGGAUGGCUCACAAGACCGAGGAGAUCCAAGGGUACGCGGACCGCAACAAAUGGAAGAACUCCUUCGCUGCGACCAAAGCUGUCUACGGUUCGCCAUCCAAAACAACUGAACCUCUUAUCAGCGCCGACGGCAGCACCCUACUCACAGAGAAGACACGAAUUCUUCAGCAAUGGGCCGAGCACUUCCGAGGCGUCCUCAACCGCCCCUCCACCAUCUCCGACGUCGUCAUCGUCCAUCUGCCGCAUGUGAAGACCAACCUCGGCCUCGACCUCCCGCCCUCUCUCCACGAAACCAUCAGGGUCGUGCAGGGCCCGGAUCGGACGCGCUCUUUGCUGAGAUCUAUAAGCACGAUGGCCCCCCACUCGUGGAUCAUCUGA